AACUUUUUAGAACUUCAGGCAAUUGCGAGUUGUCCUUUUGUCUCGGCCAAACCCUAAUUUCCGAUCAGUGGCUCCGGCGACGUUGACAUGGAGGCGACUGCGACAAGAAUCAUUCGAAGUGGAGGCGGCGCGUGGGCAGUUGUCGCACUUCUGUUAGUGAGCUUGAUCAGCCGCACAUCGGCGCUGACGGUGACGGUGAAAGACGUCGAAUGCGUGUACGAGUAUGUUUACUACAAAGGCGACACCGUGACGGGGAAUUUUGUUGUCGACGAUGUCUAUUGGGACAACGAGCGCACCGGCAGUAUGGAUUUCAUAGCAACAACUCCUGAUGGUACGACCGUGCACACUGUGAAGGCAUCAUCGGGAGACAAGUUUGAAUUUAAGGCCCCUGUAGAUGGAAUGUACAAAUUUUGUUUCCAUAACCAUUACCAUACACCCGAAGCAGUCUCUUUCAACAUUCAUGUUGGCCAUAUUCCUAACGAGCACAACAUUGCGAAGGAUGAACAUUUAGACCCCAUAAAUACUAAACUUGCUGAACUGAAGGAGUCACUAGAAUCCGUUACGCUAGAGCAGAAGUAUCUGAGAGCACGUGAUGCGCGCCAUCGCCAUACCAAUGAAAGCACGAGAAAGCGCGUUAUAAACUACACAAUUGGAGAGUACGUUCUGCUGGCUGUCAUGAGUGGGCUUCAGGUUUUCUACAUCCGGCGCCUCUUCAGCAAAACAGUCCCUUACGGUCGUGUGUGAUGACGAUGAUAUUCCUUGACCGGGCUGGAUAACUUUCCUCCCAUAAAUUGAGGUAAUUUUUUCGAUGUUUUAGUACAAACUAGGAAGAGGAAGAAUAUAUAUACAUAUAUAUCUGUACUAUUAAUGCUAUGGUUUGGAAUUGGCUGGUUCUGCUUUAAUAAAUUUACCGAGAAACAGCAUUCUAUUUUAGUAUAUAUACAUUUUUUUUUAUCAAA